AGACCCAUUUUAAUUGUUUUCUUAUUAUUGUUUAACAUUUCCUUUUAUUGAAGAUGCCUUUAAUUUCAAAAGAAAUAUGUUGAAGAUGUAAAAGCAAAUGAUAAAAAACAGUGUAAAUGUUUGUGAAGUGUAUUUUGUUUGGAAGACUUUUAUUGUGAAGGUUCCACUUCCGCUUUUUCUGUGAAGCGUGUCAGUUCAACAGAAACAAAAAAACGGUUAACAGCUGAUGCUACGGCAACAAAGGAAACAGACAAAAAAGACGGACAGAUAACUGUGUAAAGCUGUAAUUUGUUUUUGGCAUCUAGCUGGAAGGCGAACAGCUCUUACGGUGUGACUAUGACUGUGGAGUAAAUAAAUGGGUUGGAAUACCCCAUCAUAGUCCAUCAGUUACUAUCAUUGAGUCCAUCGUCUGAAUCAAGUCCGGCUGGAAUGCUACAGUAAGAGCUGACACCUACAUCAUCCCACGGUCACGCUGCACCACGGAGUCAUGAGGACAAGCAAGGGGCUGUGCUGCUAAUCGUUUGGCGUUGAAGAUCACACUUCAUCAGGCAACUCAGCACCAUUCUACGGGUCCACAAGACAAUCAUCUCGCAGCUGACUUAACAGUUGAUGUGACGGUCAGACAAGGUAUGGAACAUUUUAUUGAACUUGAGAAAGAAAAGGCCAAGCUUCAUCAGGAAAAGUGACUGCUCCAAUCAGAACUGGUUAAAGAAGGAAACAACAUCAACUUUGAAGAACAUUUGUCUCACUAAAUGAACAACAAAGAUUACAUUUGAGCAACGGACUGUUAUUUAAUUUAUUUAAAAAAAAAAAAAAAUUGUUCAGUUUGAUGUGUGAACAGUUUAUAUCGUAUAUUGAUUUCGUUUAAAAAAAAAAAAAAAAAAAAAAAAAAAACGACUUAUGUUCAAAGUCUGUGAUUUAAAAAGGCAGUUCAUGUUGACUGAAUUAUAUAUUUUACUGUGAGCUACAUUCAAGUUAUUUGUGUUAUCUAUGCAUAUAUUCUAAACAAUAACUUAUUUCCAUUUGGGUAGUCUAAGAGCAAUACUGAAACAACUUUUAUUUAGUAUAGUUUAAUAUGGAGGACACAGAAAAUCACAAUUUACAAAUAGAGUUACAGAAACAAAUAGAUAACCUACACUGCAAAAUUGAAAGGCUGAAAUUUGCUCUUGAAGACACCUCAGAGACAACUGAGAGAGAACAUUUAGAAAAGGAAAUUCAAAGCAAGGAAGAAAUAGUAAAUAGCUUACAAAGUGAACUUAAAGAAGGUGUCCGACGCUCAACCCGACAAAAGACCCUAACUCCAAAAAUGCUUGAACUGCAAAAGGAGGAGGCAAGAAAGAAGGAAAGAAAACUAAUUUCAUCAUACGAAAAAUGGAAGGCUCAAGCCCGCAGGUCAAGAGAGCAGCUGAAGCUGAACAUCAGUGAAAGUGAGCUGGCGGAUCUGAUGGAUUCUUUGGAAAAGGAAAAAGAAGACGUAUUAAACGCUUACAUCGAACUACGGAAAUCCAUCACACCAGCACCAGAACUAAGACGCCACGUUGAUAGUUGUGAAGCAGUUACAGCAGAUAUUUUGAAAGUCAGCUACGAGAGAAUGACAGGCAUCUACGGAGAUUAUGAUGCACAGCAAGUGCAACAACGUCUUAAGGAACUACUGAAAAGCAGAUAUGCACGUUCCAUAUAUGGAUCCACUGUCUCCAGAGUGACAAGGUCAGUUCACAGUCAAGAAGGGACCACCUUAAUGGUUAAACAGGUGGACGCUGCUGCAGAGCUCGCAGCAAGGGAAGCUGAGUUUGAAGUGCUCAUGGAGGAAGAGAAACAAAGAGAAAUAAUAGAAGAGCAACACAGACAAAUACAAGUAGAAAAGCGCAGACUAGAACGUAUCCAAGCAGAAAAGGAUCUGAAGGCUGCUCGAGCUAGGCUGCAUGUCUACAACCAAAGUGUUUCGCAGGAAGGUAGCAUACAUUCAUAUAACAAUUCUGAACGAAAUAAACACAGCCUCCCUGUCACUGGCAAUCAGAAUCCUGUUGUAAAUAUACCAUCACCUGAUAUGAAUGUAUUAUCCCUCGCACAAGCCUUACAGGACAGCAUGGCACUAAAUAGACUUCCAGUCCCAGAGCCAUCUGUUUUUAAUGGUGACCCUAUCAGGUUCAUUGAGUGGAAAACUUCAUUUAUGUCCCUCAUUGAUUCAAAGCCCAUCUCUUCAGCGGACAAGCUGUUUUAUCUAAGAAAGUAUGUUGGUGGCCCGGCCCGUAAAACACUAGAAGGAACUUUCUAUAGAAAUGACAACGAGGCUUACAGGGAUGCAUGGAACAAGCUGAAUGACAGAUAUGGACAACCCUUCACCACACAGAGAGCCUUCAGAGACAAGCUAGCAGAUUGGCCCAAAAUCCUACCACGAGAUGCAUUAGCCCUAAGAGAAUUUUCAGAUUUCUUAAACGCCUGUCAAGAUGCAAUGUCGCAUGUAAAGAGCCUCGAAAUUUUGAACGAUUGUGAAGAGAAUAGAAGGCUAAUUCAGAAACUACCAGAAUGGACAGCAACUCAGUGGAACAGGAAAGCCACAGAACACAUGAAAAGGACCAAAGAGUUUCCCAGCUUCAAAGAUUUUGCCGCAUUUGUUGCAAUGGAGGCAGAAAUUGCUUGCAAUCCGAUCACCUCAGCAUUUGCCCUCCACAGCACAGAAUCUAAUGCUGCAAAACAAAACAAAAGAGAAACUAAAACAAACAGGGCAAAUGUUAUGAGUAUUCAAUCUGAGGCUGACAUUGAAAGGCAGAGGACAGCUAAAGGAAAGGAAAAGGUUCCUUGUAGUUUCUGUCAAGAUCUACAGCACAGACUACAUGGAUGUCCCAAGUUCAUUGAAAAAACCCUGGAUGAGCGAAGAGGAUUCAUUAAAGAACAUAAACUCUGCUAUGGCUGUACCAAACCUGGUCAUAAUGCAAAAGACUGUCGACACAGACAUUCAUGUGACAUUUGUAAGGGUAAACAUCCUACGUGUUUGCAUGAUGAAAACUAUGUGAGGAAGGAGAGGGUAGCAACUCCAGAAGAUGCUACCCCAACAACUACUGUUCAAACAGAAACUGCUGCAACUUCAAUGUCAGUAGCAACAGGACAGUCCAACAAUACAUCAAUGAUUGUGCCUGUAUGGGUGUCAACGAUUGAUGGAGAAACUGAGAAACUGGUUUAUGCUCUACUGGACACACAAAGCGACACAACAUUUGUCGACCAGGAUGUAAGCAACGCUUUAAAGGCAAAGUCCUGUCCAGUAAAGCUGAGAUUAACAACUAUGGUUGGACGCGACAUGACGGUGAAAAGUCAAAGGGUCUCAGGACUUCGUGUGCGAGGCUACUUCUCCUCUUCCUAUAUCAACCUCCCUCAUGUGUAUACCAAAGAUUGUAUACCAGUGAAUCGUGCCCAUAUUCCAACAAAUGAAACAGCCAGCAAAUGGAAUCAUCUUUCUAAAAUUGUGGAUGAAAUUCCGCCACUGCAGGAUUGUGAAGUUGGUCUUCUAAUAGGAUACAACUGCGCAAGAGCAAUGGCACCAAGAGAUGUUAUACCAGGAGGAAAUGAAGAGCCAUAUGCGGUUCAAACUGACCUAGGAUGGAGCAUAGUGGGAUGCUCUUCACCCUGCCUUGACACUCCAAAUACAGGAAGACAUUGUUUUAAAAUUAUUGUCAAGGAGCUCCCACCAGUCACUCCUGCAGAUGCUAUUCGAAUUCUGGAAUCUGACUUCAGAGAUGGCAAGGAAGAUGAAAAAACAGUGUCCCAGGAAGAUAUUCUGUUUCUGGAUAAACUCAAGAACUCCAUUUAUAAAAACAACCAAGGUCAUUACGAGAUGUCGCUUCCCUUUAAGGAGAGACCAAUCUUACCAGAUAAUAAACAGCUUGCUGUCAUACGUCUCAGCCAUCUCAAGAGGAAGCUGUCAAGAGACGAAAGGUACAAGGAACAGUAUGUCAAUUUUAUGGAAGAGGUCAUCAGAAAGGGUGAUGCAGUGGAAGUCCCAGAUGAAGGAGAGAAGGGAGAAAAAUGGUACAUCCCUCAUCAUGGAGUGUAUCAUGCCAAGAAACCGGACAAACUGCGUGUUGUGUUUGACUGCUCAGCCAAGUACAAGGGAACUUGUUUAAAUGAUCAUCUGCUCACUGGACCUGACUUGAUGAACAAUCUAAAUGGCAUCCUUCUUCGUUUCAGGCUACACUCUACCGCACUGAUGUGCGACGUAGAAAAGAUGUUUCACCAAUUUCAUGUGACAGAGUCAGACCAAGACUACCUGCGCUUUCUUUGGUGGAGAAAAGGAGAUCUUAGCACUCAACCCCAAGAGUAUCGUAUGAGGGUGCAUAUAUUCGGUGCAAGCUCAUCCCCUGGUUGCGCAAACUACGGCUUGAAACAUCUGGCCAUGCAGAACAAAAAUUUAUACCCUUUAGGUUCACAAUUUGUAAUGAGAGAUUUUUAUGUUGAUGAUGGAGUAGCAAGUGUAGAAACUACAAAAGAGGCCAUUCAGCUCGCUCGAGAAGCCACAGAACUUUGUGCCCUAGGUGGUCUCAGGCUUCAUAAAUUCGUGUCUAACAAUAGAGCUGUUUUAGAAAGCAUACCACCCCUCGAACGUGCAUCAGACACUGAAAAUAUCAACCUAGCAUCAGAUGACUUACCAUCAGGAAGAGCACUGGGUAUCCAAUGGCAUGUCAACACAGACUGCCUGAAGUUCAGUGUCAAUCUCCAGGACCAACCAGCAACACGCCGAGGUGUACUUUCUGUGGUCGCCUCCUUGUAUGACCCCUUAGGUUUUGUUGCCCCAUUCUUGCUUGUGGGAAAGAGGGUGCUGCAAAAGAUGUGCCGACAUGGAACAGGUUGGGAUGAUGCCUUGACUGACGAACUUCGUCCACGGUGGGAGAGAUGGAAAAGGGAUCUCAUCAAUAUGGAGAAGCUAAGCAUACCCCGGAGUUAUGCCACGGCAGACUUUGGUAAGGUCACAAAACAAGAGUUGCACCACUUCUCUGAUGCAAGCACAACUGGCUACGGACAGUGUUCUUAUUUGAGAACCUCAAUGAUCCAAACAGUCUGGAGCCACUCACCCCUAACCACAUACUUACCUUGAAGUCUACUCCAGCUCUUCCUCCCCCCGGCAAGUUUGUCAAAGAAGACAUUUACGCUAGAAAGAGAUGGCGUCAUGUACAGUACCUAGCAGAACAGUUCUGGAGUCGUUGGCGCAAGGAAUAUUUGUCCAAUAUCGCCAUCAGACAAUGCUGGCACACUCCAAAAAGAAAUCUGCAGAUCAGAGAUAUAGUGAUGAUAAAAGAUGAUGACCUGCCUAGAACUGAGUGGAGGUUGGGUAGAGUUUUAGAAACCACAACAGAUAAAGAUGGGUGUGUUAGAAGAGUGAAGAUAUGUUUGGGUGACAGAAAACUUAGCAAGAAGGGUGAACGUAUUAACAAGCAGUUAGUGCUUGAACGCCCUGUUCAGAAACUGGUUUUAUUGCUUGAAAGUGACUAAAUUGCUACAAGGUACACUUUCUUUACAGUUCUUAAGCGUACUUUAAGUAACAUGUUUCUGGUCAUUGGUCAUUUUGUUUGGAAAUCAUUUGUGUUUGUUCCCUCUAUGGUUAUCAACCUGUUAUUAAAAAAAAAGGAAAAAACAACACCAAAUGAUUUGGUGGGAGUGUAAAAGACCCAUUUUAAUUGUUUUCUUAUUAUUGUUUAACAUUUCCUUUUAUUGAAGAUGCCUUUAAUUUCAAAAGAAAUAUGUUGAAGAUGUAAAAGCAAAUGAUAAAAAACAGUGUAAAUGUUUGUGAAGUGUAUUUUGUUUGGAAGACUUUUAUUGUGAAGGUUCCACUUCUGCUUUUUCUGUGAAGCGUGUCAGUUCAACAGAAACAAAAAAACGGUUAACAGCUGAUGCUACGGCAACAAAGGAAACAGACAAAAAAGACGGACAGAUAACUGUGUAAAGCUGUAAUUUGUUUUUGGCAUCUAGCUGGAAGGCGAACAGCUCUUACGGUGUGACUAUGACUGUGGAGUAAAUAAAUGGGUUGGAAUACCCCAUCAUAGUCCAUCA